GUUCGUGGUGCAUUGUGGGUAGGUCAGGAGGGACGCCAUGUGCUGUUGAGGCAGGGGUGCAGGAGGAGAAGGACCGGGCUGGACCAGCAGAACAGAUUCGGUUGAAAUUCAGCGGGACCGCGGGGAGACUUCGUCCGUGAACGUUAGCAUGUACUGCACCAGCCGCUGCAUCCGGAGCGCGCUGCGCGCCGCCGCCAGCACGCACCGGUACCGACAACAGCUCCAACUCCAGGUUCCGUCCUUGUGUGCCCUCAGACUCCUGAAGACCAGCUCAUCCUCUCAUUCAGAAGCCAUCGCCACGCCUCCAUUAGACGGAGCACCCAAACAGUACUCCCCCAAAAUUCAGCAGCUCGUCAACGACAUCGCCAGCCUCACCUUACUAGAGGUGUCGGAUCUGAAUGAGCUUCUGAAGAAAACUCUGAACAUUCAGGAUGUUGGAAUGAUGCCGAUGGGGGCGAUGGCAGCAGGUGCCAUGCCAGCAACGCCGGCUGCAGAUGAGGAGGAGGCACCGGCCAAAAAAGAGAAGACUCACUUCACAGUCAAAUUGACAGAACUGAAAGCAGCAGAUAAAGUAAAGUUAAUAAAAGAAGUGAAAAACUGCAUCCAAGGCUUGAACCUGGUCCAAGCUAAAAAGCUUGUAGAAGCUCUUCCACAAGAAAUCCGGGCCAACGUAUCCAAAGAAGAAGCGGAGAAGCUGAAAGCAGCCCUGGAGGCUGCAGGCGGCACUGUGGUCUUGGAGUAAAUCAGUGCAUUUCUUCAUCUGCCUCUUACAUGCCAUUUCUCUGGCCACGCACUUCGUUUUUCAUUAUUUUAUAAUGUUUUUUUUUUUUUUCCUCUGAGCGAAGACGUGGACACUGCAAAAGAAGCAAAUGCCUUCAUUUACUAGAAGCGUCAGGUGGGGUGCUGCAGAUUGAACUUUUCCAGGGACACGGCCUGCACAAACCACCACCUUGCAGUUUGUUUGUGUGCUCCUGUUUGUCUGAAACUCGUGUAGCAAACGCUACCAAAAUAUUGGCCCCCGAUGCCAGACGAUAUUUCUGUGUGUUUGUCAAGUCCUUCAUAAAGGGACGGUUUCGCUGGGAAAGUAGGAAUACUGGAACAGCAGCAACUGUAUAUUUGACUCAGAAAUGAGUAGUUAUGGAUUAAAGACGGAUUAUUCUAAAUUUG